GCCACUGACAUUAGUAGUGCGAAAAAUUGGAACGAUCUCAACCCAAGUGUAUGUGGACGGUGCAGUGAUUGAGUGAAGAAAAAUAAGGGAAAUUGUUGAUAUUUCCGGUGAUUUCAUAAUAAAAUUUUGCAAAUCAACUCGCACUGAUUGAACAGAUUGUUCCAGUGCAGUGGGAAUUAAGCAAGCUCCGGAAAUACACACAAUUAACUGUGAUUUGUAACCAAAACGAAACAAUGGCAGUAGCUCCAGUAAUCAUUCAAUCAGCUGCAAAGCAUACAUCGACGCUAAUCUUUCUGCACGGAUUGGGCGACACCGGCCAUGGGUGGGCCACUACUAUGGGCAUGAUCCGCACGCCGGACAUGAAGGUCAUUUGCCCCACGGCUCCAACGAUUCCAGUUACGUUGAACGCUGGCUUCCGUAUGCCGUCGUGGUUUGAUUUGAAAACGUUGGACAUUGGCGGUCCCGAGGAUGAGGAUGGUAUCAAAAACGCUACAAAGAAUGUCCAUGAGCUGAUUCGAAGUGAAAUUCAGGCAGGAAUUUCAGCAAACCGCAUAAUGCUGGGAGGCUUUUCGCAAGGCGGUGCUCUCGCUUUGUACGCGGCGUUGACGUUUGCAGAACCGUUGGCUGGGGUAAUGGCCCUAUCCUGUUGGUUGCCGAUGCAUAAGAAUUUCCCUGGAGCUCUGAAGUGCCCAAAUACUGUGCCGAUCCUACAAUGCCACGGGGACUGCGAUCCAGUAGUGCCAUACAAGUUCGGACAAUUGUCGUCGAGUGUGUUGAAGACAUUCAUGAAAAACUCGCAGUUUCAAUCGUACAGGGGUCUAUCACAUUCGUCCUCUGAGGCUGAAUUAGAAGAUAUGAAGAAAUUCAUCGAGAAAUACGUACGACGUCAGUGAAUGAUCAAAUAGUUCGCUCACAUUCGUAAGUCGUGUGUAAAUUUUUAAACUGUAAUUUAAAGCAGCGUAUUUUUCUAACUUAUUUCAACAUAUUGAGCAAAAAACUAAAAACAUCAAAAACCGCAACUACGAAGCAACUUAACUAGUUUAGUCAAACUGAGUCAAUCAGAGCGAUAUUUUUUUCGAAAGAAAUAUAAUAAUCACUUAUUAGAGUCGACAACACUAAAAUUGACACCGGCACAUGUUAAAACUAAAAAUUGCAAUCCAGAAAAACUUAUAAAGUCGUUAUGAUUCUAUAAGCCCCGCUGCGACAAUGGCAACUGUAAGCAAAUCAAUAAGUAUUCCCAUGAACCAUUUAUGAAAUUAUCUAGAUUUAGAUUAUACUUGCGCCAACAAAUCAUUAUAAAUGAGUAGUCAUGAAACUAUCCCACUUUGUUCGAUCAAGUAUUUGUGUCAACCAAUUUGAACGAAAAAACACGCUCAUCUAAUCGUUAAUUUCAAAGCAAUCCAUUAUUUUCACUUCACUACCUCUACUCUACAUUCGCAAAAUAGUUCAUUGGGUUGCUGAUUGUAAUCGGUUUAGGCGUUCCCAAAUUGUAACUUAAAUUUGCAGCAACCAAAUUCAAUGAAAACAAAAGUAACUAAGCCAUACUAAUCCCCAUAUAUAAUAGCUAUGACACAAUUGUACUUGGUUACCCAAAGCUAGCAUCCGUCGAUUCUAAUUAUCAGAAGCAAAGCUACCUAUCAGUAGAAAACCGAAUGAUCACGUGUAAAUUGUGGCCGUACUAAAGAAAGUGGUACUAGUGAGUGGUAGGAUGGACAAAACGUGCAGAUUGAAAUAUAUUUUAGUUUAACUAAAUGAGCAAAAAAGCCA